GUACCUCUCUGAGGCCACCUGCUGUUCACGUUGUAACUUAGUUUCGUUUCCCAAGAAACAAAAUCUCACAGAGAGUAUUUAAGCCGGGCCCAGCUGAUGGGUGGUCAGAACAGAGAACAACAUGGACCCUGUGACUGGUGCUAUAAUAGGAGCAGCAGGCGCUGUGGUCCUGGCUCCUGUUGCUCUGGGAACCAUAGGUUUCACCUCAGCUGGAAUAGCAGCAGGCUCCCUUGCUGCUAAAAUGAUGUCAGCUGCCACCGUGGCAAACGGAGGAGGAGUGGCAGCAGGAAGUGUGGUGGCUGUUCUUCAGUCAGCAGGUGCGGCUGGUGUGUCAGGGGCUGCCAGUGCAGCUGUGGCCGGGGCUGGAGCAGCAGUGGGAUGGCUGGCUAGCUUCAUUCGCUGACUCAUGUGUUACCUGUUACUGUAAUGUAAAAAGGUAAUGAAGCAGCAUUUUGUUGUGUUCUGAGACAGCUGAAAAGUUUACUCGUGUGCAGUUACCUGAAGUUUGUGAUAAUGAUGCAUUAUUGAACCUCAGUAAAAUGCAUUUGAAAGAGUUAA